GAUGAUGUUCUGAACGGAGAUCCUGACAAGGAACAGAAAGAUCCUUACUUUGUGGAGACCCCCUAUGGUUAUCAGCUGGACUUAGACUUCCUCAAGUACGUGGACGACAUACAGAAAGGAAACACCAUCAAGAAACUCAACAUCCAGAAGAGGCGAAAGCCGUCGGUGCCAUGCCCGGAAAGCAGGGCCGUGCCCGGUCAGCAGGCUGUGUGGACUUCCACGGAAUCCCUCUCGUCCUCCAACAGUGAUGACAACAGGCAGUGUCCUCACUUCCUAGUAGCCAGAAGCCACGUUACGUCGACUCCCAUCCCAAGGCCCCCUGCCCCUCUGGAGGCCUCACCCCCUUUCCUUACCGUCCCAGAAAGUCGACAGCUGCCACCGCCCUCCCCUCAACUCCCAAAGCACAACCUUCAUGUCACCAAGACGCUGAUGGAGACCCGGAGGAGACUGGAACAGGAGAGAGUCACCAUGCAGGUGGCCCCGGGUGAGUUCCGCAGGCCCAGGCUGGCCAGUUUUGGAGGCAUGGGCUCCACGAGCUCGCUCUCCUCCUUCAUGGGUUCCGGAAACCACAAUCCUGCCGCGCACCAACUUCAGAAUGGAUACCAAGGCAACGGCGAGUACAGCGGCUAUGCCCCAGCCGUGGCCACCACGUCGUCCAUGGGGAGCUCCAUCCGCCACAGCCCCCUGAGCUCAGGGAUCUCCACGCCAGUGACCAACGUGAGCCCCAUGCACCUGCAGCACAUCCGCGAGCAGAUGGCCAUUGCCCUGAAGCGCCUGAAGGAGCUCGAGGAGCAGGUGCGAACCAUCCCUGUGCUCCAGGUGAAGAUCUCCGUCUUGCAAGAGGAGAAAAGACAGUUGGCCUCGCAGCUGAAACACCAGAGAGCGACAGCCCAGAACGACGCGUGCGGUGUGAGGAAGCGGUCCUACAGUGCGGGGAACGCGUCGCAGCUGGAGCGGCUCUCCAGGGCCCGGCGCAGUAGCGGCGGAGGUGAACUGUACAUCGACUACGAGGAGGACGAGAUGGAACGCGUGGAACAGAGCGCGCAGAGCAUCAGGGAGUUCCGGCAGCUCGCGGCAGACAUGCAGGCCCUGGAGCGGAAGAUCCAGGACAGCAGCUGCGAGGCCUCCUCGGGGCCCCGGGAGGACGGGGAGUGCCGGUCCGUGGCUGUGGGUGCCGACGAGACCAUGGACCGCGUGGUCGUGUACCGCAGGGGCUCCGCGUCCCGGAAGGACGCCGCCGUCGGGACGGCCACCAAGUCAAGGAACUGUGGGGUCGGCGUGACAGAGGCCAUGCUUGGCGUGACCACGGAAGCGGACAAGGAAAUAGAGCUGCAGCAGCAGACCAUAGAGGCCUUGAAGGAGAAGAUCUACCGCCUGGAAGUGCAACUGAAAGAAACCACCCAUGACCGCGAGAUGACUAGACUCAAGCAAGAGCUGCAGGCCGCGGGGUCGAGGAAGAAGGCGGACAAAGCCGUGACGGCCCAGCCGCUGGUUCUCAGCAAGAUGGUGGAGGCGGUGGUGGCCACCAGAGACCAGACGGCUGGCCAUCACGUGGACCUGGCGGAUGCCUGUGUCGGGAGCGCCGUGCAGAUGCACAGCCUGGGCGUCUCCUGCCGGCCCCGUUGUGAGAGCAGGCUCGUGGGGCCCGAGCUGCCCAUGAAUUGGUGGAUUGUCAAGGAGAGGGUGGAAACGCACGAGCAGGGUACUGGGAGGUCCGUGGAGACGUGCGACAAGAGUGUGGGUGUGGAAAUCAGCGUCUGCGAAACGGGCAGCAACACGGAGGAGUCCGUGCACGAUCUGUCGCUCCUCAAGACCAACCUGAAUCUCAAAGAAGUGCGAUCCAUCGGCUGCGGGGAUUGUUCCGUUGACGUGACUGUCUGCCCCCCGAAGGAGCUCACGUCCCGGAGCGUGAACACAGAAGCCGCUGGCCUGGUGGAGGCUGCUGUCAUGGCGGUGCCUCGUACCGCGAGCCAGCACACCAGUACGGUUUGGGAGCAGGUGGACCGGGGCACCAACACCGAGGUGGUUACCCUUGCGGAAUCCUGCACCAGCACUUCCCUCAGCACUUUGGACAAGCAGACCAGCACUCAGACCGUGGAGAUGCGGACGGUGGCUGUAGGAGAAGGCCGCGUGAAGGAUGUCAAUUCCUCCGCCAACACACGGUCCAUCGGAGUUGGAACCGUGCUCUCUGGCACUUCUGGGUUUGACAGGCCGUCGGCCGUGAAGACCAGAGAGUCAGGCGUGGGGCAGAUAAAUAUUAAUGACAAUUAUCUGGUUGGUCUCAAAAUGAGGACCAUCGCCUGUGGCCCUCCACAGUUGACUCUGGGGCUGGCAGCCAGCAGGAGGAGCGUCGGCGUAGGAGAUGGGCCUGUUGGCGGCGAGUUCGCGGAGAGCCCCCUGCCCCAGGCUCCUGCCGGAAUGGUGACCGGCUUGGAUCACUACAUUGAGCGUGUCCAGAAGUUGCUGGCUGAGCAGCAGACACUGCUGGCUGAGAACUACAGUGAACUGGCAGAGGCUUUUGGGGAGCCUCACUCGCAGAUCGGCUCUCUGAACUCUCAGCUCAUUAGCACCCUGUCCUCGAUCAACUCAGUCAUGAAGUCCGCAAGUACGGAGGAGCUGAGGAACCCUGACUUCCCAAGAAUGAGUCUGGGUAAAGUCACAGGCAGUAGUCUGGAAUACCCCUGUAAGUGCGGAGGCCUUCAGUCAGGAGGACCGUUCAACACCCAGACAUCCCGGCAUGAGCAAGAAGCCGGGACCACGGAAGGGAGACCCCUCGGCGGCCAGGACGCCUUCCCCUCUCAGGAAAGCGCGCUGUCUCCCGUGAACCUGACCGACGACCAGAUAGCCGCCGGCCUCUAUGUAUGUACCAACAGUGAAAGCACGCUGAAGUCGAUCAUGAAGAAGAAGGAUGGCAGCAGAGAUUCAAAUGGAGCAAAGAAGAAUCUGCAGUUUGUUGGCAUUAACGGAGGGUAUGAAACAACUUCAAGUGAUGAUUCCAGCUCAGAUGAAAGCUCUUCCUCCGAGUCCGAUGACGAGUGUGACGUCAUUGAGUAUCCUCCUGAGGAAGAGGAGGAGGAAGAGGAGGACGAAGACACUCGGGGAAUGGCGGAAGGGCACCAUGCAGUUAAUAUGGAAGGUUUCAAGUCCGCCAGGGUGGAAGAUGAAAUGCAGGUUCCAGAAUGUGAACCUGAGAAGGUGGAAAUCAGAGAGAGGUAUGAAUUAAGUGAAAAGAUGUUAUCUGCAUGCAACUUACUGAAAAAUAACAUAAAUGACCCCAAAGCUUUGACCAGCAAGGACAUGCGGUCCUGUCUGAACACCCUGCAGCACGAGUGGUUCCGCGUAUCCAGUCAGAAGUCGGCCUGCCCGGCCAUGGUGGGGGACUACAUAGCUGCUUUUGAGGCCGUUUCCCCGGACGUCCUGCGCCACAUCAUCAACAUGGCGGAUGGCAACGGCAACACGGCCCUCCAUUACAGCGUGUCACAUUCCAAUUUCGAGAUCGUGAAGCUGCUCUUGGAUGCCGACGUGUGUAACGUGGACCACCAGAACAAGGCGGGAUACACCCCCAUCAUGCUGGCAGCCCUUGCCGCGGUGGAAGCAGAGAAGGACAUGCGUGUCGUAGAAGAGCUCUUCGGCUGCGGGGACGUCAAUGCCAAAGCCAGCCAGGCGGGACAGACAGCCCUCAUGCUGGCGGUCAGUCACGGGCGGAUCGACAUGGUGAAGGGCCUGCUGGCCUGCGGGGCCGACGUCAACAUCCAGGAUGACGAGGGCUCCACCGCCCUCAUGUGUGCCAGUGAGCACGGGCACGUGGAGAUCGUCAAGCUGCUGCUGGCCCAGCCGGGCUGCAACGGCCACCUGGAAGACAACGACGGCAGCACGGCACUCUCGAUAGCCCUGGAGGCGGGACACAAGGACAUCGCCGUUCUCCUGUACGCCCAUGUCAACUUCGCGAAGGCCCAGUCUCCGGGUACCCCCAGGCUUGGAAGGAAGACAUCUCCUGGCCCCACCCACCGGAGUUCAUUUGACUGA